AGGAGGGGAUCUGAUUUAAAUCCAAAUCUCCCUAAGAUUAUCCGCAAAUCAAUCCAAAAGAAAAAGGAAAAUAGAAAAAGGAGUGAGAGAAAACGUGUAGUGUAACCGUGCAGUCCUCCAUUUGAAGAAGCCACAUUUCUUCACAGGCUCCACCCGUCAGCUCAUUGCUUCCCUUCCACGCCACAUCACCAAUCUCAAUUAUUUAUUUAUCAAAUCACCGAUUAGUUUAUUACUAAUUUUCGUUUUGGUAAAGACCAAACCAAAGGCACCAAAGCAACGCCCCACUCUCUCUCUCUCGCUCCUCGCAUUUCAAUAAUUCAUUCCACCACCAGAAGAAGAAGACCGGAGCCGCGAAAGGCCGCGUUUGGAUCGAGCUUCAGCGACUUUUGGAUUCUAAUGCGCUUAAGUUGAUGAUCUCGACGAGGAGGAGGAGGAGGAGGUCUGUAUCGUAAUCAUCAGAAUGCCGCAAGCUUCUUUCACGCCUCGAAGCUCUGCCUAUCUCGAUGCUCUCACCCAAGAAAUCGAGAAGAAACUCCAGCGGAGAGAGAUUCAUUUGUUGCAGGCCCUAGCUUCUCCCUCACUGCGCCGCAACUUGUUGCAGGAGUUGUUUACUGACAUUGCCUUAGAGAUUGAUGAGCGGGCCAAAGAUAUAAUUCUCAGCCCGGAAGAUGAUGCAAUUUCUCCUGCAGAGGAUUGCAAUUAUGGUCAGCUAUGCUUUCAUGAUGUACUUGCUGACUAUUAUGUUUGGGUGCCUGAGAGUGGAAAACGCAUCCUUGAUCUGAUUGUCCAACUCUGGAGCCAGUCAUUUGCAUCUCACAUUUUCGCCUUGUUAUUUCACAAAUGGCUUUUUGAAGUUCAACUUGACAACUCUGAAGUCCUUCUACGAUUCUCAUCUGCUCUUGUUCAAGGUGCUACAAAUGUUUUCUGGAUUGACAUUCAGUCAAAUACAAGGCGGUUUGAAUCCCUCUUUCUUUAUCUUCUUGAGGAUGUUGCUUUGGAACCCACCCGGUUAAAUAAAAUUCCUGUACAGGUCCAGCGAGAUCUGUAUCUUUUACUUUCAAGGUUUAUAUUCUUUUAUAACUCAGUUGACAAACUUGAGAGCUUCUUAAGGCACUUUCCCGUUUUCCCGAAUGCUUUUCUGGUUGGUGGUCCUGCAGACUUCUUUGUUAUUGAACUUGCAGAUCAGCUUCAAAAAUUGAAGGUGGAACCGGUAUUGCUCCAUUACUUUUCACACAUUAAAGUUCUCCAGGGCAUGGAGCUGAGAAUGGCCACAAGUACAAGGUUAAAGACUUGUUUGUAUAGCUUCACUUCUCCUGGUGGUCCAAUGUACCCUACAAGAGUUGUUCGUCAUGCUGCCUGGGAUGCUUUAGAUUUGCUUUUUCCAGUCGGGCAAUACCCUCGACAUCUUAUAAGCCUGUUCUUCCGGUUGUUGUAUCCGUGGUACUGGCCCUCGUCUUGUUGGAAUUUCGUGAUGGAUUGCAUAAAGGCGGUAUUGUAUUCUCUGUUGGGAUUAAUCUAUUCAAGUUUAGAGAAGCUGAAAAAGCCAAAGUUUUGAGUUCUCGGAAUUCCAAAAAGUGUAGCCUCCUGUAUUAGUCAAAAACUGAAAACCGCUAGGAAGGCUAAUGUCAAUUUGGAUGAUCUGUACUGUACAUGUGCUUUUGCUGUUCGUAGUUGCCAUCAGCCUUUUGAGUUCAUCAUAUGUUGGACCUGUUUGUUGUCCUAAAUUAGAUUCGACUUGUAUUGGUGCUCAUUUGUACAUGCUCACUCCGCAUUGAAUAUGGAGGUUGAGGUUUGUGGAGCGGGGUUUUACCUGGUAUUCAUCAGGGAUGGUCUGAAGUUGAAAGUUACCACUAUCAAUUGCAGCCCUUAGUAGAGGUGUGGAGGAUUUCUCAGAAGUGGCUCGGGCUUUGGAAGAUUGUAAAGCUUACAUGUCUGCUUUUUCAGUUUAUCCAUGUUCGACAUAUUUAUAUAGAAGUAAAUAAUAUAGCUGAUUGUUUAGCUCAUCUGGCUUAAUUUGGUAUGCGAUGAUAUUUGGUUAGGGCCUCAGGGGAGACUGAUGUGUUCUUUAUAAGGAUGUUUGUAAUUUGUAUUCUGAGGCUUGGGAUCUCUAUAAUAAAUAAUAACGGGCGUGAUUUUUGUAAUUGAGAAAA